CUUUCGUGAAUUACGAUAGUACAAUCGGAGAGUACGAGCGGAGGUCAGAUCUAACCUGACCCGAGGAAAAGUAGAUGGGAUAUGGUACGAUUGUCGCGCGGAUUGCAAAGGUACACUGAAGCUGCAGUAACAAUACCUUGCGUGACUUGCUAUUAUUGUUUGGAUUAUCUUGCAUACGGUUCCUAACCUUAACGCAAUAUUUUUGUGCUCCGUGUGGAAAUAAACGGAGGAAAAGAAUUUAAAAUUGGAAAUUUAUGAAGCAAAUUUAUCGAAGAAAAUUGGUAAAGUUAUUUAAUCGUACAGAAAGAGUUCAAAAUCUCUAAAACGUCUAAUUAAGAAUGCGUCAAUAACUUAAAUUUACAACAUUUCUUAUUGUCGAGAAGACGAGAAGUGUUCUUUCUUUCUCUCUCUAAAACAUUUAUUUCUCUAAAUUUUUCAGCAAGUGCAAUAAAUUUUAAAUAUUGCGGAUAGAAGUCCUUUGCAGAACAUUUUGUUGAUCAAGCAAUUUUGAUUGUACAUGCAAGAUGUCAGCUGAUAUGCAAGAUACGCUGAACAACGAGGACAUCGGAGUCCAGAAUGAAUGCGAGGGUCGCGUAGUUACAGAUUCGGUCCACGAGAGAUUUCGGCAAACGCAUGUCCGUUGUAACGACUGCAAUCGAGAUAUCCCAGCAAAUGGGCUUGCCAUAAGGAAGCACUUUGAUGACUCACAUCCAUCGGACAGACAUUGCUUCUAUUGCAAAGGCAAGGUGUUUAUGUAUCGAACGAUAACGGAUAAUGAGGAAGAGUCACAGAGUUAUGUAUAUCACAAAUGCAAGCAUGAUGAGCAGCACGAAACGAAUACGUCGAAAGAAUCUACAUAAAUGAGGGUAUCAGUUAGGUUAAUUAGAUAGCAAAUGUGGAAAGAGGAGUCAUUAAAGAAGUAGACUCGAAAUAUGCUGUUAAAUACAAGAAUUAGACUAGUCUACAAGUUUAUUAAGAAAAUUGAUAGAAUAAUAUAAGAAGACUGAUAGAAAGGAAUGGGAAACCUGUGCUAUAUCGUCACAACGAUAGACAGCACUAUUCUCCUCAGGGGAGAACCAGGGAGAGAAUCCAAUAAAAAGGGUAUCUCUGUAACUUUUAGAUACAAGAUUUUUAUAUUUGAUAUUCAUUAAUACAUUUCGUGCCACAUCAAUUUUAAACUUAAUCCAACCUUGCAUGAGUUUUGAUUUUUUACAGUUGUAUUUAUAUUUGUCAGAUAAGAUGUAUUUCAUAAUAGUUAUAAAAACUACAAAAAUUAUCACAAAGAAAAAGGCCUAAUCUAUUAAUAUCGUAUCACAAUAUAUAUGAUACAUCACAAUGUAUAAGACAUGAAUAUGUGAUACAUAUUUAUAUGUGAUAUAUCCAUGCAUAAUUAUUUUAUAAUUACGUUUUUUUUAUGAUUACAAAAUAUAAAACGUUUGAAUAGAAAGAGUGAAUCAUCGAUGAUCCACGGAAUGUGUUAAUAGAAAUGAAUAUAGGAAAUUAUGACAGCUACAAAUUCUUAGUAAUUAAAAGAUGAGUCGACUAAAUAUAAAUUAGAAAAAUUUUGUUAGAAUAAGUAUAAAAAAAUCAUCUAAAACCAAAAAAUGCUUGCCUGAUCGGCUGAUAAAUGUUACUAACGUAAUAUUACGUAAAAUUAUACAUGCGUAACAUUACGUACUUAAUAUUAUGUACAGUCGAUCUUUCCUAAUGACCAAUAUUCUGUGACAAGAAACAUUUGACCUCCAAUCUUAAGUGUUUGCAUAAUAUUAAUGUAAUAUAACCGGCUGUUUUUUUCUCUGCUUUCUUAGCCCAAUCAGGUCACUGAUGCUUAAUAACGUUUUUGAAAGGAUUUUUGGGCUUUAAAAAAUUUGAAAAAAUUCUGGUACCUCUUCCAACAUUCCAGAAUGAUUUUAAUUGUUUGAAUCGACGUUUUUCACUUUAUUUUUGUACGUGUCCAAAUGAGGCAAAAUAAUUAAAAAUUGAAAUUUUAUUUGGGUCUUCAAAUUCUCGGUUAGACGAUUUGAUUGUGUCUACUAAAUUUUAGAUAAUGAAUUUAAUAUUAAUUAGAUAUUGGUCUAAUAUAAAUAUUGAUAAAUAAUUUUACAUAUACAUAUAUAUAUAUAUAUAUAUAAAAUGCACUUCUAGUUAUAAAUAAUAGAUAUAAUGCUUUUGAUAUACUAUAUAUAUCUUUUUUAUACAAGAUAGACACAAAACAUUCUAUAUGCAUUUAUUUUCUGAUAUGAUAUAUUGGUCAUCUGUUUUAUAUAUACUCUCUUAUAUACACAUUAUUUAUACAUUUUUUACAUAUUCAUAUAUCACAUUAAAACAUCACACAUCAGUAAAUAUAUAUUAAAUAGAUAAAAAAUAUUAAUUCUCAUAGUAUAUAGUUAAAACAUCUGUAAAUUUUAUAUUCUUCCAAAUAUGUGUAUAUCACAUAUAUAUUUUUUACUUUGGAAAAUAUUUUUUAAUAUAACAAUCAAAUAAUAAAAUAGAGAAAUAAAAUGUAAAAUUGU